AUGCCAGUAUUCGCCUUGUAUGUUGCAACAAUGUCGCCACGAACGUAUCCCUACCAAACACUGAAAAGACGUAACGCCGAUGUAACGGACACGGCGGCUGUCGCAAUCAAUCGCGAUCAAUCUCUGGCAAAGAGAUCGAGCACCGGAAAGAUGAGCCAAUAG